CAAUGGUUGUGUAUGACAAGCAAGGGAAGCAGCUAACUCGCAUCAUCCCACACAACGAGUUCUUCGGGGUGCUGCCAAGGGUGGUGGAGAAGAGGGAUACAUUCGGCGACUCAAUACUGGGAGACAAAAUCGGCGACAUGACAUGCACGUAUGACCGCCAGGCCAACCGCUUCUACCUCUCCGCCAUGUGGUUUGUGAGUGGUGGGUGGAGUUCAGGGGGAUUCAACAACACGUAUGACAAGUUUGGGCAGACGAGGAGGCGAGGCAACGUGACAGUUGGCUCAGGGCUGAUAGUGGCAGCGUCAACCACGGACGACCCCACCCAGGACUGGAACGUCUUCUUCAUCCCCGGCUCCAACGAUGGCAUCAACUCCAAUCCGGACUGGAGGGCGCCUCUUCACUUCAACACGUCGCGACUCACCACUUUUCCGGACUACCCUCAGAUCGGCACCGAUGCCUAUGGAUUUUUCGUGUCGGUAAAUCAAUAUUCGGAGACAUUUGAGCAAGUAUAUGGGGCUGGCAUAUAUGCACUCGCCAAGUCCCAGCUCCAGAAUCCAGAGAAUGCCACCAUUCUCCGCUUCGUCGUUCCUUACACCAACGCCCUCACCAGUCCGUCCUACACCAUCUACCCUCAGAAGGUCGCAGCCGAUGGGGACUACGACUACAGCCACGGGGGCACCAUGUAUUUCGGCUGGACGGGAGUCAACCCCAACCGUGGUGCUCCAAACGAAACCGUGCUUGUCGCCAACUUCACCACAGUGGGAGCCUUCGCUCUAACGGGUACAAGCGCUCUGGGAACCCCUGAAGCCGAGCGCUUGGUUGAACCCCACUGUGCGGCCGUCAACACUCCCCCGUUCUUCGUUCCCCAGCCUGUGCAGCAAAAACCCGGACCUGUUCCGUUGGCUUGGCAGAUGAACAGUACGAUCAAGCCUAUCGGCCCUUCAGAGAUCGAUGCGAGAGGCGUGGUGGUGAAUCCGGAGAGGAGGCACAUGUGGAUCAGCUUUAUGUCGGCGUUUGGCAAGGAGAUGAGUGCUGCUGCUGUGGUCGUGAGGCUCCGCUUGUCUCUGAGGCCCAACCGCAAGUGGCGGACACUUCGGGUGUUUUUGGAGCGGUUCAAAGCGGUGGGGGUGGGCGGAGGGAACAGCCUCAUCCAGGGCACCAUUGCUCUUAACAGGCUUGGCAAGGGCAUCAUAACAGCAGCAAACCCCUCUUCUUUCUCUCUUGCCAUUCCUUCACUCCCCUGGCACGGCAAAGGCAUCAUAGCAGCAUCGCUGGCAGGGCGUUCCUUCUACCCCUCAGCUGCCUAUGCCACUCUCAACGCCAAUGUGGAUGUCGGCCGCGUCGUCAUUGCCGGCGCGGGGAAAGCGCCUCUCGACGACUACAAGGGAUACCGCUUUGGUGCGACGGAGCAUCGUUUUGGCGACUACAUGACGGCAACGAUCGACGAGGAGGGCAACGCGUGGGCGGCAGUGCAGUAUGUGGCGGGGCAGCCGCGAAGUGAAUGGAGCAACUGGGCUACCUUCGUGUUCAAAGUCGACCUGCAGGGGGGGGAGGACGGGGGGGAUGAGGACGGGGGAAAUGGGGAUAAUGGGGGGAAUGGGGACGGGGGAAACGGGGGUAAUGGGGGGAAUGGGGAUAACGGGGGGGAUGGGGAUCACGAGGGGAAGUAG